AUGGCACCCUUAUUUGACUCUAAAGACAAGCAGAUCUCGGUGGCCUUCGUAUGCUUGGGUAACAUUUGCCGUUCACCUAUGGCCGAAGCAAUCUUCAAGCACAAGGUGAACGAGCUUGGUUACUCUCCCUACUUCAAAAGAAUAGACUCUUUCGGGACUGGUGGGUGGCACAUUGGCCAAUCGCCAGAUCAUAGGUCUGCCAAAACCUGCCGUAAGCAUGGAGUUCCUGUCAACCACGCUGCUCAACAAAUCCUGCCAUCUGAUUUCAAGGACUUCGAUUAUGUGAUUGCAAUGGAUGAGUCCAACAAGUCUGAUUUGCUAUACUCCAAGCCAAGAGAAAGCAAGGCUGUAGUUGAGAUGUUCGGAAAGUGGAGAACGGAUUCUGCGUUUGCAAAGGUGGUUGCCGACCCAUAUUACGGAGGUAACGAUGGGUUUGAGGUCAACUUCCAACAAUUGAGCCACUUCAGCGAGGAGUUCUUGAAGCAGGAGGUUGGGGACUUGAAUUAA